AUGCCGCUAGCUGGAGAAGUGAUUGGACUUGAGACAACGCCACAACGUGGUACAUCGAGUUCAGACUUUCAUGAUUUGAAUGAAUUACCUACUUGUGUCGAUAGGAGUUCAGAAAAGUCCCACACCCUGGCAGAAGGUGACGAGAAGGAAAGUUUGAGAAAGCAGCAGGUCGCUAAGCUAGCCCGCAGUUUCUCCAUUCAAUCAGGCCAACAAAAGCCCCAUUUCCUACAGGGUGAUGAUCGCGAAUCCAAUCUUAAUCCUCUUAGCCCCAACUUCAACGCUAAGCUAUGGGCGAAGGCAUUCUACGAUGCACGACACUCCGCAGAGGGUAGCAGCUCGCGCCGAGUUGCGGGAUUUGCGGCCAGAGACUUAGAUGUUGGUGGCUACGGUAUUGGAGUUGACUAUCAGAUGAACGUGGGAAAUGGGCCUAUAAAGCUGCUCAAAGCAGUCGGUGACUUCGUCCGAAAGCACGCAGCAAACGGACACCAGGUCAAGAUCCUCCGGGACGUCAAUGCAUUGGUUCUCCCUGGCGAGCAGUUGUGUGUAUUAGGUCCACCGGGAUCAGGCUGUUCAACCUUCUUGAAAACAAUCAGCGGCAAUACAUACGGGCUCAACGUCGGGCAGAGUUCCCAUUUGAAUUAUCAUGGUAUUACUGCCAAGCAGAUGGACAACGAAUUCCGUGGAGAGGCUGUGUAUACCGCAGAACUUGACCACCAUUUUCCCAAUCUCACAGUGGGUGAUACGCUCUAUUUUGCAGCCCUUGCUCGUGCACCUCGUAUAGUUCCAAGUGGCAUGAGCCGCGAGGUCUACGCCCGUCACCAACGUGACGUCAUCAUGGCCAUGUUUGGAAUCAGCCACACAAUCAAUACCAAAGUUGGCAGCGACCUUGUGCGUGGUGUCAGCGGAGGAGAGAGGAAACGGGUGACAAUUGCAGAAGUAGCCUUGACCUACGCCCCGCUGCAAUGCUGGGACAACAGCACCCGCGGCUUGGAUAGUUCUAAUGCAGUGGAGUUUUGUAAAACACUGCGGAUGCAGAGUGAUGUGUUCGGGAUUGCCUCGUGCGUUGCAAUCUAUCAGGCACCACAGGCCGCCUACGAGUGCUUUGACAAGGUGACUGUUUUCUAUGAAGGCAGGCAGAUAUACUUUGGCAGGGCUUCAAGAGCCAAACAGUACUUCGAAAAUCUUGGAUUUGAAUGCCCAGAAGCUCAAACAACUCCUGAUUUCUUGACUUCGAUGACCAGCCCUGUCGAGCGAAUUGUCCGACCUGGGGUGAACACGGCGGUCCCCCAGACCCCUGACGAAUUCGCCGAGUGUUGGAAGAAUAGCAACGAGCACAAAGAACUCCUCUUGAAGAUUGAGGAAUUCAAUUCCCAGCAUCCAUGUCAUGGUGAUGAUUCAAAGCAAUUUGCCUUGUCGUUGAAGAACGACAAGUCACGGUGGCAGCGCGAGAAGUCCCCAUACACGAUCUCAUAUGCGGCCCAGAUUCGAUUGUGCCUAUGGCGAGGCAUGUUACAAACCAAAAAUGAGAUUAGUGUCCCCAUCUCUAUGCUCACAAUCAGUGCUGUGGAAAUCUUGAUUGUCUCCAGUCUUUACUACAAUAUGCCAAACGACACUUCUUCCUUCUUCCUCCGCGGCUCAUUUAUCUUCAUCAUGGUUCUUCUGAACACCUUCACUACCUUGCUUGAAAUCAUGACUCUCUAUGCCAAGCGUGACAUCGUGGAGAAACACAGUCGAUACGCAUUUUACCAUCCCAGUGCCGAGGCGCUUGCCGCCAUCAUCACCGACUUACCCUAUAAAAUUAUCCUCUCUAUCUCCAUGAAUGUUAUCAGUUAUUUUAUGGCCAAUCUUCGACGGGAGCCUGGCCCAUUCUUCUUUUACCUGCUGGUCUCAUUCACCUGUAUGAUGUGUCUUUCGAUGGCAUUCCGGCUGUUAGGCUCUAUCACCAAGACCAUGGCUCAGGCUAUGGUGCCGGCAUCAAUCCUCGUCCUUGCAGUAUUGUUGUAUACUGGGUUCGCCAUAUCUGUACCAAACAUGCGUGGCUGGGCAUCAUGGAUCCGGUGGAUCAAUCCUGUAUCUUACGCCUUUGAAGCAUUGAUGACGAACGAAUUCCAUGGGCGAGAUUUUCCAUGCACUGAGUUCGUGCCAUCUGGACCUGGUUAUGAGCAUAUUCUUCCAUUCCAACAGACCUGCACAGCACAUGGGUCAGUUGCUGGCUCCGCCACGGUUAGCGGCAUAGCUUUCUAUGAGAGUUCCUACUCUUAUUCAUAUGGGCACCGCUGGCGAAAUGAGGGCAUUAUCAUUGCAUUCAUGGUUCUGUUUGCUGUUGUCCACCUUUGGCUAUCUGACAUUAUUAGUGCCGAGCGCUCCAGGGGUGAGGUGCUGGUGUUCCAACGGAGCAAGUUGCUCAAAACAAAGGCGAGGCCUCAGAAAAUCGACGAGGAGCAUUUGGGAGCAGAGCUGAUCCCAUAUGAAGCAUCGAGUGAUUCUAACUCAAAAGUUAACGUUGAGAAGCAACAAUCUGUGUUCCAUUGGGAAAAUGUUUGCUACGAUAUCCAAAUCAAAGGCGAAACUCGGCGGAUCUUGGACAAUGUUGAUGGAUGGAUUCAGCCGGGAACAUUGACUGCACUGAUGGGAGUUUCUGGAGCCGGCAAAACGACUCUUUUAGACGUCCUCGCCAACCGCGUCACGACAGGUGUCAUCACAGGGGACAUGCUUGUAGAUGGCCUAAAGCGUGAUGAGUCGUUCCAACGGCAAACAGGAUAUGCCCAGCAGCAAGAUAUCCAUCUUCACACCUCCACCGUGCGUGAGGCACUGGUGUUCAGUGCCCUACUUCGACAGCCGCCAAAUUAUACACGCGAAGAAAAGCUGGAUUACGUGGAUCAGAUUAUUGGCUUGCUAGGUAUGGAGGAGUAUGCCGAUGCUGUCGUUGGCGUGCCUGGGGAGGGACUUAACGUCGAACAACGGAAGCGUUUGACAAUUGGGGUUGAGCUUGUCGCACGUCCCAAGUUGCUUGUCUUUCUUGACGAACCGACGUCGGGCCUGGAUAGUCAGACUUCAUGGUCUAUUUGCAACCUGAUAAAGAAGCUAACUCGUAACGGACAAGCUAUUCUUUGUACAAUUCACCAACCGUCUGCGAUGCUUUUCGAGUGUUUUGAUCGAUUGCUCCUCCUGGCAAAAGGCGGGAGAACAGUUUAUUUUGGAGAAAUCGGCCAAAAUUCAAAAGUUCUCAUGGACUAUUUUAUUCGCAAUGGCGGAGAGGCCUGUCCAGCGACAGCCAAUCCCGCGGAGCAUAUGCUGAAAAUUAUCGGAGCCGCCCCUGGAGCACACACUGAGGUCGACUGGCAUGCCAUUUGGCGCGAAAGCCCGGAAUACCAGAAUAUUGGAAAGGAGCUUGCCAAGCUGCGAGAGCUCGCCAGUGAAGCUUCGGGUGUGGUAAAUGCACACGAUCCAUCCAGCUAUCAGGAGUUCUCCGCGCCGAUGACCACGCAAUUUAUGGUCGUUGGGCGUCGUGUGUUCCAACAGUACUGGCGUUCGCCUGGAUAUAUCUACUCCAAAGCGCAGCUCGCUAUCCUCUCGGCAUUGCUUAUUGGAUUUUCCUUCUUCAUGGGGGACAAUACUUACCAAGGACUGCAAAAUCAGAUGUUCGGCGUUUUCAUCGUCUUGUUCGUCCUGAUGCACCUGAUAUUUCAGACACUUCCCGCCUUCGUGACGCAGCGGACAUUGUAUGAAGCCCGCGAGCGCCAGUCAAAAACAUACGCUUGGCAAGCCUUCCUUUUAACCAACAUGUUCGUUGAGGUGGCGUGGUACAUGCUCCUGUCCGUCUUUACCUUCCUUUGCUGGUAUUAUCCUCUUGGCUGCUAUCGGAACGCCGAGGUGACCGACUCGGUGAAUUCUCGCAGCACCCUCAUCUUCCUGCUAAUCUGGGUCACUUUCAUCUGGGCUAGCACGUUCGGGCACAUGCUGAUCUCGGGUAUUGAUAACGUCGAAGUUGCCUCCUCCAUUGCCACUUUGAUCGUUUUCGUCUGUUACUGUUUAUGCGGUCUGCUCGUUCCCCCAUCCGCAAUGCCGCACUUCUGGAAGUGGGUCUACCGCGUAGAUCCGUUCACAUACCUUGUCACUGGAUUCAUCUCAACCAGUCUUGCCCAGGCACCCAUGCACUGCGCUGACAACGAAUACCUGACAUUCAUUGCGCCGCAGAAUCAGAGCUGCGCUCAGUACAUGCGGGGCUAUAUCAAUGACAAUGGCGGUGCCCUCCUCAAUCCUGACGCAAUUGGCAACGGCGAAGACUGCCGGUACUGCCAAUUUACCGAGACAGAUCAGUUCCUUGCAAAUCUCGGGGCUGAUUUCUCGCAGCGGUGGAUGGCCUUUGGUGUGCUGUGGGCGUAUGUGGCAUUCAACGUUUUCAUGGCGGUUUUCCUCUAUUGGCUUCUUCGUGUGCCGAGGAAGAGCAAGAAGUAG